AUGUUUCACCUCAACCUAUCCUUGAAGGCAAUUCUGCCACUCCUUGCCCUCUCAGGGCUAAGCAAAUGCGAAUCUCCAUCCAGUAGAGCUCCUCAAAUCCAUCGAAAGACAAAUUUGCUAAUAUUACCUACAGUUCCAACACGCUUCGGCUAUGUCCUCUUCCCUGGCUUUGAGGCUCUUGACAUGUUCGGGUCUAUCGACGCCCUAAACCACCUCCAAGAGCUACACUACAUGAACCUGACUCUCAUUGCGGCAACUCUGGAUCCGGUUUACACCAACAGACUGCCGUGGUAUACCACUUCAGCAAAUUCCACGUUCGGAGAAGCAGUUCUUCCAACCCACACAUUCGCCACUGCCCCUCCCCUGGACGUCUUGGUAAUCCCAGGCGGAAACGGGUUACGUGCGCCUGCUCCCAUCCUCAAUUCUGCUAUCGACUUCGUCAGGGACCGCUAUCCUACGCUACAGUAUCUCCUCACGGUAUGCAACGGUGCUGGGUUAGCCGCUCGGGCGGGCGUCUUAGAUGGUAAGUCCGCGACUACCAACAAACUAGCUUGGGUGGAAACGGUAGCGUUAGGUCCCAAGGUUAACUGGAUUGCACAUGCGAGGUGGGUUACGGAUGGGAAUAUUUGGACGUCUGCAGGUGUUAGUGCUGGGAUAGACUUGAUGAUUGCCUUCAUUGGACAUGUCUGGGGGCAAGAUUUGGCGCAGAAGUUGGCGAUUGGUAUGGAGUAUACCGCAGCGAAAGACUCGUCGGAUGAUCCGUUUGCGGCGUUGUAUAAUUUGACAGAUGUGCCUGCUCAUUAUUAG